CGAGAAAGUCUAUUUCGCCAAAAAUAAGAAAAUAAUGGAACGAUUUACAGCCGUCGAACAACUAACUGACGAUAAUCCAAAAGGAGCAGGCUCGAGUGGUUUAGUAAUACGUAAGGAUAAAGGCAAAGAUGAUAUCGUUUUUAAACAACCGCAACCAUCGCUGCUGGGAUUGGACAAACUCGCCGCUGCUCGUCGUGCGGAACGCAAAACAAACAACAAACUUUCUUUUUACGGACACGAAGUGGAAGACGGGGACGAUACUCCAGAUGAGAGGAACCACAGUGCUAGGAGUAGCAGGAAGGAUUACCCUUCUCCGCGGCAUCGUCGGGACCGUGACGACAGAGAAGCCCGGGACCGGGACGAGCGAAGCAAGCGUAGUCGGAUGGAACGGGAGCAACACUCGCGAAAGUACAGGGAGCGAGCCGUUGAAACGCCUUCAUAUGGUGGCGGCGUGAAUGAAAAGGCAAGGCAAAAGCUCACCAAAGGAUCGUCGGACUGGUAUGAGGCAAGUAAGAAAAAGGGUAGCCUAUACGCUUCAUCCAAGGAUAUGCACCCUAAGCGUGAACGACAUUACACACCGAGCGUACGCGCUGGCUCCGAAUCGCGGCGAAGUACAUUCUCAAGGUACGAACCGAGCACUCCGAGAAGUAAAUAUCGCUCGAAGCAAACAUCCAGCUCUACCUGGUCCGACGGUGAAGAUGACGGUGAUACGGCAGGACCUCGAUCAUCGUGGGAUUUUCCUACACCAAAGCCAUUCUCUGGCACUGAAUUUUCCGACGCCGAUCGUGAGCAGUGGCAAGAGGAACAGCUUCGUCUCGAUCGCGAAUGGUACGGCAGUGAUGAUGAGCGACAGAUGAACGAAUACUCCGAGCUGAACUCGCAAUAUCUACAGCAACGUGAGCAGCAGAUUCAGUCGCGUAACAACCGCCGAAUAUCGGCCCAGCAGCGCCAGAUCAACAAGGAUAACGAGCUGUGGGAGAAGAAUCGUCUUCUCACGUCUGGCGUGGUGAUGUCGGUUAACGUUAACGAGGACUUCGACGAGGAAGCCCUCGAACGGGUGCAUCUGCUAGUGCACCAUACCGUACCACCUUUUCUGGACGGACGGAUCGUGUUCACCAAGCAGCCGGAGCCCGUAGUGCCAGUCCGUGAGCCGACGGCUGAUAUGGCGAUAAAUGCCCGCAAAGGUAGCGCCUUGGUGCGCACCUACCGCGAGCUAAAAGAACGUAAGCGUGCUCAGGCGAAACAUUGGAAACUCGGGGGUACAAAGUUGGGCAACAUUAUGGGCGUUGCGAAGGACAAAGACGAUCAGGAUCCGGCCGAGGGUGAAGACGGAUCGUACGAUUCACGCAAGGAUCAAAAGUACGCUGAUCAUAUCGAUGACAAGCAGGGAGAUAGUUUCGAGCAUGCCCCACGCCGGAAGACGAUCCAACAGCAGCGCCGCUCGCUUCCGGUUUUCGCCGUGCGGCAAGAUUUACUAAAUAUCAUACGUGAAAACUCGAUCAUCAUUAUCGUCGGUGAAACGGGUAGCGGAAAAACGACACAACUCACGCAGUAUCUGCACGAGGACGGAUACAGUGCCAACGGGAUGAUAGGAUGCACGCAGCCGCGCCGUGUAGCGGCCAUGUCUGUGGCAAAGCGUGUUUCCGACGAGAUGGAUUGUGCGAUGGGACAGGAGGUUGGCUACGCAAUCCGCUUCGAAGACUGCACCUCUGAGAAGACGGUCAUCAAGUACAUGACCGAUGGUAUUCUGCUGCGAGAAAGCUUACGCGAUAAGGAGCUCGACAACUACAGUGUGAUCAUUAUGGACGAGGCGCAUGAACGUUCCCUUUCGACGGACGUGUUGUUUGGGCUGCUGAGAGAAAUUGUCGCCAAAAGGAGGGACUUGAAGUUGAUCGUUACAUCCGCUACGAUGGAUGCGGGAAAAUUUUCCAACUUCUUCGGCAAUGUACCAACCUUCACUAUCCCAGGACGUACGUUCCCGGUGGAUGUGUUUUACGCUAAGAAUGUGUGCGAGGACUACGUCGAUGGUGCGGUGAAACAGGUACUGCAAAUCCAUCUCCAGCCGACGGAAGGGGACAUUUUGGUGUUUCUGCCCGGUCAGGAAGACAUCGAGGUGGCCUGUGAGGUGCUGGCGGAACGUUUGGGUGAAAUCGAUAACGCACCAGCGCUCUCCAUUCUUCCCAUCUACUCGCAGCUACCGUCCGAUUUGCAAGCCAAGAUAUUCCAUCGGUCGUCCGAUGGGACGCGCAAGUGUGUCGUAGCCACAAACAUUGCGGAAACGUCGCUAACUGUCGACGGUAUUUCGUACGUGAUCGACGCUGGCUAUUGCAAGCUGAAGGUCUAUAAUCCUCGCAUCGGUAUGGACGCCCUCCAGAUCUAUCCCAUCUCGCAGGCAAACGCAAACCAACGCUCGGGUCGUGCCGGCCGUACCGGCCCAGGCCAAGCGUUCCGGUUGUACACCGAGCGGCAGUACAAGGACGAGCUGUUACCGCUUACGGUGCCCGAGAUUCAGCGCACCAAUCUGGCUAAUACAGUACUGCUGUUGAAGUCGCUCGGAGUGAGUGAUUUGCUUCAGUUCCAUUUUAUGGAUCCACCUCCGCAGGACAACAUUCUCAAUUCACUGUAUCAGCUGUGGAUUCUGGGUGCGUUGGACCAUACCGGAGCGCUCACUCCGUUGGGUCGACAAAUGGCAGAGUUCCCACUGGAUCCACCGCAGUGUCAGAUGUUAAUCGUGGCUAAUGAAAUGGGAUGUAGCGAGGAAAUUUUAAUCAUUGUGUCAAUGCUGUCGGUGCCGUCAAUAUUUUAUCGGCCUAAAGGACGCGAGGAAGAAGCAGAUAGUGUAAGAGAAAAGUUCCAGGUACCUGAGUCGGAUCAUUUAACGUACCUUAACGUGUACCAGCAGUGGAAGAUGAACAAAUAUUCGGGCUCAUGGUGCAACGAACACUUUAUACACGUGAAAGCGAUGCGCAAAGUGCGCGAGGUUCGUCAACAGCUCAAAGAUAUUUACAGUCAACAGCAAAGGCUAACGCUGAAAUCGUGCGGCACGGAUUGGGAUGUGGUGCGGAAGUGUAUUUGUUCGGCGUAUUUCUACCAAGCUGCACGCCUGAAGGGCAUCGGAGAGUACGUAAAUUUGCGGACGGGUAUGCCUUGCCAUCUGCAUCCCACCUCUGCACUGUACGGGCUCGGUACCACUCCGGACUACGUCGUGUACCAUGAGCUGAUCAUGACGGCGAAGGAGUACAUGCAGUGUGCAACUGCUGUCGACGGUUACUGGUUGGCCGAGCUGGGUCCGAUGUUCUUUUCGGUGAAGGAAACGGGCAAAAGCGGUCGCGACAAACGUCGCCAGGCUGUCGAGCAUCAGAACGCGAUGGAAGUACAGAUGCGCGAGGCGCAGCAGCAAAUGGAGCAGCGUAAACAUGACGAGGAGAAGCUCAAAUUCACGAUAAAGCAAGAGAUCGUUACACCGGGAGCCACACCAAGGCGAACACCGGCCCGAAUCGGAUUGUAAACAUCUGGUAUCCAAUUGUUCUGUGCUAGUAUGUUGAAUGGACUUAGGAAUAAAGUUAAAACAGAGAAUUACCCUUCCUACA